AUGAGAGUUGCUAUUCAGCUAUUAACUCGAUUAGUAGCUGCGCAGGCUCGGCAUCAGGAAGAAGGUAUUGGUUAUGCAGAUAGGUGUGUCAGUGCAAGGGUUCAUGAUUUCAUUAAUUUGGAUCCUCCGGUAUUCACCGGGGCAGAUCCAAACGAGGACCCUCAGGCAUACGCUCAAGGUUUAGAGGAGCGUAAGCAGAAGCAGAGGAUGGAUCGUGAGCAUAAUAGGGCCCAUAAUAAGAGAGUGAGGUCUUUGGGUCCUUCUGGGCCGGGUCAAAAUUGCAGGGCCUCAGGAUCUCAGUAUAGGGGAGAAUCAAGUCAGAUGAGGUCGCCCUUGCCACGAUGUGCUAAGUGUGGUAAGCAGUAUGCCGGGCAGUGCCGUAUGGGAUUGGGUGUUUGUUAUACUUGUGGUUAUCUGGGCCACAUUAUAAGGGAUUAUCCGACGAGAGGUGAGGCAAGCAUAACUCAGCCAGCGGGAUCUGUAGCUGGUUCGUCAUCAUCAGCUUCAUCGCAAAUUCUAAGAGUAGCUGGGUCGGGCAGACCUCGCAAUUGCGAGGAGUCCUUGCAUUUGCGAAGUGAGGAUUGGGCAGGCAGUGAUCGCCAAUCUUUUUGUCGCAUUGCGGAGGACCAAGUUCGCAAUUAUGGACAUACCUUCGCAAUUGUGAAAGCAGCAGAGAUUACGGAGCAGACAGUGGCUGACUGA